AUGGAAUCCUGCGAGGGAGUCCUGUUGAUUCCUCCCGAGAGAGGUCAAAUUCUCGGUCGUGCAGUCUGGAAGCCGCGAUAUGUCGUCGUAGGCCGCCGCAACGCCCAUAAGCAAGACAAACUCGAACAGCAGCCCAGUCCGAGCCUCGCGCAGGUCAUGACGACCAGUCGCAUUACCAAUUCUUCUUCCUCCUCCUCCUCGAAAACCCCCUCUAAGCCAUUGCCCACCGAGGAUCCUUGCAUAUCUGUGUACAAGUCCAAGGAUGACUGGGAGCCCACCCACCAGUACCCUAUUAGCGCCAUUGUCGAUUGCCAAGUGCAAAUGGUCGCACAUCGCAAACAGGGACCGGUGCUUCCCACCCUCGUUGUCACGAUCAAUGAUAAGGAGCGAAAACGCCGUUCUAGCAGAGCUGGAGGCCUUAUCUCAAGCAAAGAGCCCAGCGCCACCACACUCUGGUUCAGAACCCCUCCAGACGACCACCACAUCAGUCUGCAUGAGUGGGCUCGCUUCAUCUUGAUGAAGAAGACCGCCCCCAUGAGCCCGGACAGCCCGGCGUCGCCGUCUUUUAUCAACCCGUUCCCGCAGCGCGCCAUACGAACGAACUCAGAGUCUCCCAGCCUGCGUUCCAAGCGAAGUGAUAUAUCGUCUCCUUCGAGUGCCUCACACCCAGCGCACAUGGGCUAUGCCAUGCCCGAUCUCAAUAAAUACACGACCGUCCUCCCAACUGACAUUCCAUCCCCGGUGGCCACCGUGGGCGAGUAUCAGCAAGGCGAGCUGAUUGAGGGUUGGACCGCGGCACAGGGACGAUCUUCGACUGUCAGCUCACCAAUUCGAGGUCGAGGAAGUGUCAGCUCUCAGGCCUUACACCCCGCGGCUAUCAACUCUAGCUCGCCACCCGCGGCACGAGAGACAAUCCUCGACCGAGCUUUCCAGCUCCGCUGCAUUCCCGGCUCGGAACGGGAGGUGCCCGGAGAAGAGAAACUAACCUCACUGGCUCGCUUUGAUGCUCUGAUGCGCGAGGCAGACGAAAAGCGUCAGCAGAUAGAGAAGCGAAAGGAGACAGAGCGAGCAGCCUUACAAAGUGCCUGGGAUGUGGAUGACAGCUCUUCGGCUGAGGAGGAGGACGAUGAAGACUCGUCGUCGGACGAAUACGCCCACGAAGCUGACGGAAACCGCCAAACACUCAUCCCACCCAAUGCGCAGCGGGCCCUCAACUAUCUCGCGGGCCCGCCGCGUCAGCAGCGCACCUCAUCGCAAUCAUUGGCGCAUCAGCAGCAGCAGUUGGCCUCUCAGUCAUCCACCACGCGAAGCACUACGAACCACGAAACACCUCUGCAGGCCCCAUCCAGGCCCCAUACCGCCCACUCGAAGCUCAGCCCUAGCGUCGCGCAAAGAACACACAGUCAACCCCAGCUGGUACCACAGGGCAGACUGGACGUCCCAAUGCCAUCAUCCGGUAAGACUUCCGAAGAUGGAGGCUCACGGCCGAACCAGGAGAAGCGCCAGUCCACUUCGAGUGCCAAGCGGCUGAGCUUCACCGAGUUUACCAAGCGCCUCUCCAGCACCAGCAGCUUACUCUUAGUCCAGACGAACGUGAGCGGCGGGAGCAGUCGCGAGAGCAUCGAGUUCGACCGAAAUCCAUCACCAGCACCGAGGGGUACUUUAAACGCUAGGGGCGCCCCCCCGCGCCCGCGGGACAUGGACCGUGAGGAAUGGGAGAAGCGCUGUGGCUGGCGAGCCGGCGUUGGCUUUACCGAGGGCGGCUUCUUGUGA